AUUACUAUUAUUUUAGGAAAGUUACAGUAAAUUUGCAUAUUGUGUAAAACAAAAAUUCAGUAUGAGUUUUCUCUCCAGGUCCCCCAGGACCCCAAUACAUUGUUCUUUUCAAAAAGCACUAAUUAACCCACCACACAAACAAAUCAAAAUCAAAUUGUCUCCACUUGGUCAAACUGCUGCACUUCAUGUUGUUGACACAUUUCCUAUGUGGCAAUGCCAAGAGGAGAAAUACUGUGGGAACACAGCUUGAGGGCUCAAAACUCUAAAAAUAUUGUAGUGAAAUUUGUUUUAUACACAGGAAAAUAUUCCAAGUAAAUUGAUGAAAUGUAAACACUAAACUGAGUCAUUCUUGGACAUCCUGUUUUUCUUUAGCUGUUCAGUGUGCAGGGUCCUUGAGUCGCUGGUGGUGUGAUGAGGUAAAGUGAGUGAGCAGGGUUGCACUGCCAGCAGAGACCAGGUGGUGUUCAUGGAGCGGGGCUCGGCUGUGGUGUGGAUCUGCCUGCUGGGGGUCGGACUCGCCAUGGCUUUGCCUCCAGCCGUUGCCGUUACAACCUCCGAGGCCGACCCCCGACCCCCGCGGCUGAUUGGCUGUGUGUUCCUGCAUAGAGCUAAUGUCACCUGCCGCUGGGAGGCUGGGGACACCCCAAAGACGAACUACACUCUGCAAGUCCAUCUGGUGUUUGAGCCGAGGGAUGUGUGCACCAGACAGAGCAGCUUCUCACCAGACAACGGAGCAGCUUCUUUCCUAUCUGCGAAGAUGUUCACCUGCACCACGUCUGGCACCAGCUGCACGGCACAAUUCAUUCGCACCUCCGUGGUAAACUGCUUUUGCAUCAUCAUCACAGCACACGGUCGCAACCAGAGCAUACCUCGGUGUCAAUCUGGUAGGACUGAAGUGAUGUUACCUCCAGUCCCUUUGAACAGCGUGAAGGCAGUCAGUGGGAAACCUAAGUGUCUGAAUGUAACCUGGAGCUACUUGUUGGACGGCCUUCCUCUGUCCAAAAAUGAAAUAAAAGCUGGAGACCUGAAAUCUCAAAUACAGUUCACAGCACAGGAGCAGUUCGAUGCUCAGGUGGAAACUGUGAUAGUGAAUGACACCAGCUUCCUGGUUUGUCUCUUCAGGCCUGACACUUCGUACACAGUCAGGCUUCGUCACCACUACAGGGCCCCGGAGAGUCCCUGGAGCCCGUGGAGCAACGCCCGCGAGGGAAGGACAGGAGAGAAUGCUCCAUCUGCAGCACCAGCCUUCUGGAGGCGAGUGAAACAAACAGACAAGAAUGGCUGGAGACUCAUCUCACUGCUCUGGAAGCCCUUGCCUGGCAGGGUUCUCUUCUUCAAUGUGACUUGUCAGACAGAAAGCGCUAAGGUCCUUAAUGACCACAUGAGCUGCAGAGGUUUGCACCAUACGAGUACUUCCUGUAGCGUGCUCCUGCCCGCUGGACGAUGCUCCUGUGCUCUGACGGCCUCCACCUCUGCAGGGACCUCGCCAGAAGCCCGAAUAUGGCUCAGCGGAGCUUCUGAGACAGAGCCGCCACCCCCGAGCCAAAUCACUGUAAAUCCACUGGGUGACAGUAGAUUGGAUGUUCGUUGGACGGCUCCAGUUGAUUGGUCAGCGAGCGGCUUUGUCGUGGAAUGGUUUGCUGUCAGAGAGAAAAACAGCAGCAUCCUACACUGGGAAAAGCGGAAUAGUUCCUGUACAACGCUGGUCAUCACAGAGGGAGUAAAGCCGAUGGAGCGUUAUGCUGUUUCUGUCAAAGCGCUGUAUGGUGAACGAGGGGCCGGGCAGAACAGGACAGUUCACAAUUAUACACGCCAAGGAGCGCCCUCAGCUGGUCCUAAAGUGGAGGUGCAGCAGAUCUCCGGCGGCAGAGUGGAUCUCAGGUGGAGUCCUGUACCUGUGGAGCUGCUUCACGGUUUCAUCCGCAACUACACAAUCUUCUACACAACAGCAAACCAAUCAGCCAGGGGAGUGAUUGUGCCUGGUCACGCUCUCCAUUACUCUCUGGACGGUUUGUCUCCUGGUAACUACGACAUCUUCAUGCAGGCAAACACUGACGCUGGAGCUGGAGCAGCUGGGCCCAUCGCUAAUGUGCACAUAGGCGCGGAGGAAACCUCGAUAGUGACGUAUGCCAUCCUUCCUGUCAUUCUGACUUCACUGGCGCUGGUGCUGAUGACCUGCCUCUCACAGAGUAGGAUGGUGAAACAGAAGCUGCCGUGUCGAGACAUCCCUGAUCCUUCCAAUAGCAGCUUGGCCCACUGGACCCCAAAAAUCACUUUGGAGAGUAUGAAGCGGCCUGGAAUAGCUGAGAGGAUUGAAAUCAAAUACUCUGAAGUUUUUUUGCUUGGUCAAAGCGAGCUGCAGAACUCCGACCCGGAUCAGGACCUCAGCUAUCAAAGUAAUCUCCAAGCAGAUUUCUCUCACUGCUUCUCGCCGCUCCCAGUUUCAGGGCUCCAAACAUCUCAAAAUACCAGGAAAUCUGAGAAGAAGUGCUCAACCAGAGCCAAGACGACCUCCUACACUGAUCUCUCCUCCAUCUACUCCAGCGCCCUCUUCUCUCAGACGCUCAAAAAUCUUCCUUCACCCUUCAUAUUGUCCUCCGACCUCCAAUCCAAUGACUGGCAGCACUGCUCUGUCUGCGUUAAUGACAUUAAGCUCCAGCUAGGUGGAGACAGUGAGCCGUCUGGGUCUCUGCAGGGCAGGAGCACCAUCAGAUCUGAUUCCCAAACAGAUGAACUGAAAAACUUCCAGCAUCAGAGCCCUGUCUCAAUCGCUGACUUCAGCAGCUUCUCUCCUUUCCCCUACCUCCUUUCUCACCCAGCUGAGGUCACGUCACCCCAACACCCUUUUUCACAAAGCCUCUAUAACUUGGCACCUUCGCUGCAGCCCGACACCUUCACUCGCCCCGAAGACACUUUUACUAGUACAGCGUUUUCACCUUUUUCUCACUCUGUUUACGUGGUUUCCUCCCUCUGUCCUGAGGAGUGUGAUCCUUACAUCUCCGCGGCUGUUUAGUUUCAUGCCAGGGAAAUAAAACUUUUCUUUUAUUACAGUUUCGAUAAAAACAAAUAUGCACACCCUUUGAUUUUUUUAUUAAAACUUUAUUUUUUUUUUAUCUUUACAAAGAUUGGAUUGUCUAUCAGACACAAAAUGUAUAAUUAUUUUUAAAUCAGUCUGAUCAAGAGGUUUGUUUUUCCUCUUACAUUUUUUAAUGCGGAGUAUCCAAACAUUUCUUAAAGGAACAGUGUGUAACAAUUCGGGGGAUCUAUUGGCAGAAAUGGAAUAUAAUAUUAAUAAAUAUGUUUUCUUUAGUGUAUAAUUACUUUAAAAUAAGAAUUUAUUGUACUCGGAACUCGGGGAAAAAAAAAACGACACGGAAAAGUACAAUGGAACGGAAACUCUGGCAAGCUUUAUCUAGCCCUAGUUCGCCGACAUAAACACACCUGUCAUCACAGCAACAUGGAGGCGCACAUAAUGAAUUACCUUUUCAUAUUUUUUACUUUACGUAGUGUUUUAUGCAGUGUGUUGUGUUGUGAAAUGGAUCUAAAAUAAAAACCCUAAUAGCUAGAGCAUUCAUCCUUGUACUCAUGUUGUACGCUCGUGAUGAUGUCAUUUCAUUACAUUACGUGUGGAACAAUACACGUUGACAACACGCGGUGGGAACAGAUUUCCCCGUUUAAAUCAAUGUAAAAUAAAAACCCUAACAGCUAGAGCAUUUACUCUUUUUGCAGCAGAAAGCUAAUAUUUCCGUUUUUCACGUCAUUACAUUGUACGCUCGUGAUGAUGUCAUUACAUUACGUUAAGUGUGCAACGUAACAAAACUAUCAAAACGCCUUUGCACUUGUUCUGAGCAUAUCUCAAAUAACCGUUCAAAUAACUUAUGGAGUGUUAACAAAUAUUUUGCUCGUGUUUCUACAUUUAUAAAUCUUUUGGAUCAAUAUGUGUUAUUUAAUAACAUUUUAUGAAAAAACAUUACCAAUUUUGCAUUUUUUUUUUUUUUUUUUACUUAUGACAAAAUUUCAAUAUUUUUGUCAAUUAUUAUGGUUUAUUGACUUUUAUAGCCUUUUAGCUUAGGUUGUACAGAUUUUAGGGAUAUGAAGCAUUUGAUUAUACGCCAAGAAAUUACAUCACAAUACGCAAAAACACCAAUGUAGGCUCUGGCGGACCAUUUCUAUUGCAGAGUUUAAAAGGUUAACUUAGCUUAGCAUUAAGACUGGAAACAAGGGAAACUUCAGGCAAGAAAGCCAAUAAGCAUAUUUCUCAAAAUAUCGAAAUAUUACUCUUUAUUGCAUUUACUUUGUUUGGAUUUGACAAAACAAAACAUGAAGGGUGGGGGGAAUGAAUAGUGUUUAUAGACACUGUAAUAUUUGUGCUAUUUUUGUACAUGUUUGAUCCACUGUGAAGGUUUUAUAAUGUGUUUUUGACAUUGUGUUGCUAUACACAGCUGUUGUUGAUGUUUAAGCCAUGACUUGAAUAAUAAGCUUUACUUUUGGGUCGUCUGGGGAGUGAAAAACCAAAACAUUUUAUGAGAAGAGGACUUUUGAAGUAAUGAACUUAACACUGCAAACAAAGACUUACUAGAUUGUGUGCCAUGUAGGUAACAGCAUCUUUCAUCCUCCUGUGUGCUUUACAUCCAUCAUACAUCCCUGCUGGUCAGCUUCUCCUGGUGGCAGCUGUUUCUCUUUGUUGUAGCAUUUUGUCUCGACUCUUCCCCUCCACAUUUACAUAUUUUUUCUGUGACGCACCUGCAGUUUGACCUCUUCAGAGUUUUGUUAGUUUACUUAUGUUGCUUUGAAAACUCACAUACCUCAGACUCAGACCACUUUUAUAGCUAAAACGCUGCAGACUGGAAUUCAACCUUAUAAUGAGCCAUCUUUGUAGCAAGUGUUUGACGUUUUUUUCAGUUUAUAUUAUUUGUACGGUAUGCUUGAGCAUUGCAAAUUGCAGUUAAUGCAUGAGCCAUAUUAAAACAGAACAUUUGCUGUGUGUGUGAACAUUUGGAUUCAUAACUUGUGUUUUCAGUCGAGCAGAUUACUUUGUUAUCCUUUAGACUAGACAGUUUAUUCAGUGUGUUUGUAGCUGCAGACAUGUUGACUUGAAGGAAAAGCACAGGUGUUACUUCUAACAUUAACAACGGCCCCGCUCUCAAGUUUCCCAGUGAGCCAUGACAGCGUUGCAGUGAGCCAGCAUGCACAAUACACUGAAGCAGCUAAAUGGAUUUCAGCCACUAUUCAUUUUAUUAUUGUACUUUUCCUGCUCUGACAUGUCAAAACGUCUUCUGUGGAAAAAAGCCUCUAAAGAGGAC